AUGCUUCUGAAAGUAGAAGACCUGGUGACUGGAAAAAAGAAAGAAAAAGACACUGGAGAUUUUGUAGCAAGAAAUUUUAAGCAUGGAGAAUAUGAAACAGCCGUAACACUAGAGAAACAGGAUGAUUUAAAGACAACUUCAAAGUCAUUGCUUGACCGCGAGGAGGAGAGGCAAGCAGAGCAGAAAAGGCUCAAGGCAGAGCUCCUCAAAAAGAAAAUUGAUGAAAGACCAAAACUAGACAACUUGGAAGAUCUGCAAACUAUAAUAAAACUAAGAAAACAAAAAAGAUGCAAAAAAGUGAAAGUACCUGUGGUUAAGGAACCAGAACCAGAGCCAGUGAUUGAACAUGUGGACGAAACAACAUUUUUAAAAGCUGCACUAGAAAACAAGAUGCCUAUCAUUGAAAAAUUCCUGGCAAAUGGUGGGGAUCCAAAUGCCUGUGAUGAGUACAGACGCACAGCCCUGCACAGAGCAUGCUCGGAAGGACACUUUGCCAUUGUUGAGAAGCUAAUUGAAGCUGGAGCAGAUCUAGAAUUCCAUGACAUGCUUGAAUCCACAGCAAUUCACUGGACCUGCCGCGGUGGAAGUGUUGAAGUUCUGAAAUAUAUACUAAACAAAGGAGCAAACAUCAACUCAAGAGACAAGCUAUUCAGUACUCCUCUCCACGUAGCAGUCAGAUGUGGAAAGUAUGAGUGCGGAGAACAUCUCAUUGCAUGUGAAGCUGACUUAAAUGCCAAAGAUCGGGAAGGAGAUACACCAAUGCACGAUGGAGUCAGACUAAAUCGUUACAAAAUGAUGAGACUCUUGAUUAUGUAUGGGGCCAAUUUCUCAAUCAAAAAUUGUGUGGGAAAGACACCUAUGGAACUGGUCCUUCAAUGGCAAAACGGCGCCAAAGAGAUAUUCAGCGGGCUUCAGGAAAACUCCUACAAGAACUCUCACAUACAGAAAUUCUGA